AUGAAAACGCUGAAGAAGCAGUGCUCCUACCAAUACAUGCUCACUUUCCUCUUCAUGGGCCUGGGCUCUUUCUUCUCCCUUCUUGUCUUCUCCCUCCUCUUCACGCCUCCUUGGUCGUUCUCGGUUCUCUACUUGUCAAGGCUCUUCCUGGACUGGGACACAUCCAACCAAGGUGAACGCUGGACAGGGGCCUAGGUAGUGAGAGAUGGCAGAUGGAUUAGUAACUGGACCAUUUGGAAACACCUAAGGGAUUAUUAUCUUAUCAAGCUGGUGAAAACAGUGGAGCUGCCUCCAGACUGGAACUACGUAUCUGGCUCUCACCCACAUGACAUCACGUGCAUCAGAACCUUCUGUAAUUUCUCCAUGGAGAGCAACGGCUUCUCCCAGCAGUUCCCUGGGCUUCGGCGCUCAAUAGUUGGUUUGGCCAGACUCUUCCACUUCCCAGACUAUCGAGAGUACGAGACUACCAUGUCGUGUGCUAUGGUGAGCCCCCACCUGAGAAUGUGUUCCGUGAACCGCCAGAGCCUGGACUUUAUUCUGUUGCAGCCCCAGCUUGGUUAGGUCGUGGUCAUUGUGGGGGGUGCCCAGGAGCCCCUGUAUGCAAUCCCAGGGGAGCAUCACCUCACUCUCCAGAAUCGCCAAGGCUUUGUACACCUGGCACUGAGGUAUGGGUGAGGCGUCCUGCAGCCUAUUUACUCCUUUGGGGAGAGUGAUAGAUUCACACUUAAGUGUUUUGCCACAGACUCCCGGCAGCAUCAGGGCCAGACCACCUUCGAGAAGCUCAGAGGCAUUGCUUCUCGCACCUUCUGGGACCACGGUCCCUUCUCAGACAACUCCUGGGGACGACUGCCCUUCCCCGUGCCCAUCACCACUGCAGGCGAGUGCCCAUCUCCAGGGAAGAAAGGUGCUGUCAGCCCGGGCCACCACAUCCCAAUGCCCCCACCCCCCGAGGAGGAAGUUGACCACUAGCACAUGCUGCACGAGGCUCUGGAACAACUGUCUGAGGAGCACAAGGCAAGCUGUGGUGGCCCUGCUUCUACUCACCUCAUCUUCGGGGAGCCCCGGCCUUGCCCCUGCCCUGGCCAUCGACUCGGCGUCGGUUUCCAGUCGCUCUUGCCUAGUUGGCGAGAGGUUGGAGAGGGGGCGGAUUCCGUUCAGGGGGUGGCCCUGGAAGAGGGGGACUGCGGCGCUCGCCGCUCCCCCUCGGGACGAGGGGCGGAGUCUCGCCCGUGUAACUCGGCCAUCCAGCUGCGCCUGCGGCGGGGACCGCACCGCCUGCGGCCACCGAUCCUCUCUACUGCAACCCUACCCCCGCCCCCGCCAGCCCCCGGCCGGACUUGA